AUGCUCCUGCUCCUGCUCCUGCUCCUGCUCCUGCUCCUGCUCCUGCUCCUGCUCCUGCUCCUGCUCCUGCUCCUGCUCCUGCUCCUGCUCCUGCUCCUGCUCCUGCUCCUGCUCCUGCUCCUUCUCCUAGUCCUAGUCCUAGUCCUAGUGCUGGCGCUGCCGCUUGAGACAAGCUUACUGAGAAAGUCAGACAAGAAGAGCUCUGAAACUUUGAGAAAGUCCAUACUCCAUAGCGACCACAUGCUCCAGGAGGAGAUGCGUUGGAGGGAGCAAGAGGACACGCUCGGUGAGUUCCUGGUGUAA